GGUGGCCAUGGUGGAGAUCAGCAGCAGCUUCCCCACCCAGGACAAGACCUAGAUGAGGAAACUGAGACCCAAAAAGAGACAGCAACUGGCCCAGGGUCACCAGCAUGCAGAUGCCUGCUAUGAUGUCUCUGCUUCUUGUGUCUGUGGGCCUCAUGGAAGCACUUCAGGCCCAGAGCCACCCCAUCACACGACGAGACCUCUUCUCUCAAGAGAUUCAGCUGGACAUGGCCCUAGCCUCCUUUGACGACCAGUACGCUGGCUGUGCUGCUGCCAUGACAGCUGCUCUCCCGGAUCUCAACCACACGGAGUUCCAGGCCAACCAGGUGUAUGCGGACAGCUGGACACUGGCAAGCAGCCAAUGGCAGGAGCGCCAGGCCAGGUGGCCGGAGUGGAGUCUCAGCCCCACUCGUCCAUCCCCACCACCCCUGGGCUUCCGCGAUGAGCAUGGGGUGGCCCUCCUGGCCUACACGGCCAACAGCCCCCUGCACAAGGAGUUCAAUGCAGCCGUGCGUGAGGCAGGCCGCUCCCGGGCCCACUACCUCCACCGCUUCUCCUUCAAGACACUCCAUUUCCUGCUGACUGAGGCCCUGCAGCUCCUGGGCAGCGGCCAGCGGCCACCCCGGUGCCACCAGGUGUUCCGAGGUGUGCACGGCCUGCGCUUCCGGCCAGCAGGGCCCCGGGCCACCGUGAGGCUGGGGGGCUUUGCUUCUGCCUCCCUGAAGAAUGUUGCAGCCCAGCAGUUCGGUGAGGACACCUUCUUUGGCAUCUGGACCUGCCUUGGGGCCCCUAUCAAGGGCUACUCCUUCUUCCCUGGAGAGGAAGAGGUGCUGAUCCCCCCCUUUGAGACCUUCCAAGUGAUCAAUGCCAGCAGACCGGCCCAGGGCCCCGCCCGCAUCUACCUCCGAGCCCUGGGCAAGCACAGCACCUACAACUGCGAGUACAUCAAAGACAAGAAGUGCAAGUCUGGGCCUUGCCAUCUGGAUAAUUCAGCCAUGGGUCAGAGCCCCCUCUCUGCAGUCUGGUCUUUGCUGCUGCUGCUCUGGUUCCUCGUGGUGAGGGCCUUUCCAGGCGGUCCAGGCCUCCUUUGAUGCAUGAGACACGGGACAGCCUCGCCUGCUGCCUCUGCCCAUCCUGAGGAUGUUGGCCAUGUGUGCUUUCAGUGUAACCAAGAUUCCUGGCAACCCCAUCUGCAGGGAACUCUGGGACCUUCUCUGGUAGCUGCCAGACCGGCUGGUGGAAAAACAGGAGACAAUUUGCGGACUGAACCUUACCCAGGGCUGUAGGAGUAAGACUCUGAAUAAAGGGUUGGGCCGGCGGUGUGGGGGGUACUUCAAGACAGGCAGCAACUAACCUGGCGAUAGAAGGGCUUCAGCUGAUUUGGGGGGUGACUGGAGAGGAAAGCGCUUGGCCGUGAUACCUGCUAGUGUUACUCAGAUGCCUCACGUGUCCAUCUGGAAAGCUUCUGUUCACUCCUCCAGGAAGCCUUCUGUGACCUCUCCCACCUGGCUGGGGUAGUGACCCUGUCUCUACGCUCCCACAGAGCCCUGGAUGCUUCCCUAUACCACCACAUGUCCAUGUCUGUCUGCCACAUCAGACCAUGAGCUUCCUGAGGGAAGGGACUGGGUCGGAGGCACAGAGAUGGUGCCAGGAAAUGUGUGAAACUCAGAAAGGAACAAAUACCUGUGAAUGGCUGGUCCCUGCACUGCCCCUGCCUUGGACACUGUCAAGCUCUCAAUGUCCGUGUGUGGGAAUGGGGUGGACAGUGCCUAACUCCAGCACACAGAGAGAAGGAGAGACGGGAGAGAGAGCUCUAGUCCUCCAUCGGCACCUCGGUCAAAUUCCAUUCUCUUGUCAGCACAGAUGUAACUUCUGCUCUAAUCCAUGAGUCCUGAGGCUCCUCUCAUCACGGCUCACUGUAGCCUCAAACUCCUGGUUUCAAGAGAUCCUCCCACCUCAGCCUCCCAAGUAGCUGGGACUACAGAUAUGUGCCACCACACCUGACUAAUUUUUGUGUUUUUUGUAGAGACAGGGUCUCCCUAGGUUGCCUAAGUUCUUUUUUUUUUAAAGCUAGUCAAAUUUAGCAGUGGGGAAUUAUAUACCAACUUUAGUGACAGUGACAUUAAUAAGUUCUGAUAACCCACCACCAUGGACACCAGCAAUACCCAGACAGCUGGGAAAGCAUUAUUUCUGGAUGUGUCUGUGAGGGUUUGCAGCAGGAGAUUGGCGUGUGAGUUGGUGGACUCAGUGGCAAGUUCCACUCUCAAUGUGGGAGGGCAUGGAGAGGACAAAAAAGUAAGGGAAAGGCAAAUUCACACUCUUUCCUGGAGCUGGGACAUCCUUCUCUUACCACUGGACAUUAGAACUUCAGGUUCUCAGGCUUUGAACUUGGACUUGCGCCAGCAGCCAUGAGACAGACCUGAAGUACAGACAGACCUGGACCCCCAGCUUCCACUACCACAGACCUCAUGGGUAACACAGGGCAUCGAGGAGGGCUAGGUACACGCUUACUUUAUUGAGUCAGGGAUUUGGGGCCAAAUGUCUGUAGGGCCUCCUGCUCUGGAAACUCGACUGAGAAUCCCCGACCCUUUUCCCUGAGCCCCUCAGCAGGGAAAGGUAAGAGCCAAAGCCCUGCAAAGCAGCCACCUAGGAAGGAAGACAGGAAAUGCAGCAGUUCAGUUCAGUUUCUCACUAUAACCCAUGUGCUCCCCACUGAGAGCUCUAAUACCCAGCACAAACAAUUCUGUCCCUCCAAGACAGAUCUUGGCCUUUGUAGAGUUCCUCAUUUUUUUUGGAAUUAGGGGAGUGGCAGGCUCUGGACUUCCUUUAGUUAGGGUGUGUAGACAAUGAGUGCUUCCUUGUGGAUUGUGAAGUCAAGUGUCCCAGGAUCUUAGGAGCAGUGGGGAAGAGACUGGCUGGCCCAAAGACCAGCAACCACUUGGCCGUGGCUGUCCCUUUCUGGAGGAGCUGUGGCUGCAGCAGAUCCCUGUGACUUAGUCCCAGCCCUCACAGGGCCUGCACCAGCACCAGGAGGCUCAUGACCAGGGCCAUGGAGAAGAAGAUGCCCAGGAAGAAGCGGUCCAUCACACGGGCCAGGCGCUUCCAGUCCUCAUGGCAGCGCUGGGCAGCUCGGUGGCUGCGGAAGGUAUUGGCAAUGGUGGCUACGUGGUGCAGUAGGGCUUCCUGGCGGCACAGACAUCGUGGCUCGUGGCAAGGGCCCGCUGGGGGGCCAGCCCCUCCUUCAGGCGACUGGGGGCUAGGAGAUAACUCAGGUGGCCUGGACUGCCCACAGGGCUCCCCUCUUUCCUGCACGCACAGACCCCGUGCCAGGUGUCCCAGCAGGAGGGCCCUAGCCCAGGCUGGCACUGGGCGGGCACUGGGACCACAGUAAUGCAGGUUCAUGAUAAGGAUGGUGAGUGCUGUUGAGAAUGUGACCAUGGUCAUAGUGGCCAUGUAGUACUUCCCUGCAAGAGAGAGAGAAAGCCAAUUGACUCAAAACAAAAGCCUGUGGAUCCUGAGCUUCCCAGCCACCUCUGCACAAAUGGAAAUAAGCCCACCAUGAAGCUCUCCAGACCCUCCAAGCCCCAUGGAUGGAAGCAGGAAGGAGGUAAGGGCCGAGUUCUCCCCAUCCUUCAUUCCUACACGUGGGUCAUCAGAAGCUACUGCUCUCUAAUUGCUCCCCUCACUGCUGGAGGCUGCACUCAUACACAAUCCAGGACAGUCCCGCUCUCAAAUAACGACGGGCAUGAGCUGGGGCAAGAUACGAAUCCUUUUUGUACAAAUGGGAUACCCAGAGGACCUACUUCCUAGGUUUGUGGUGAUGCUUACCUGAGUUAAUAAAGGUCAAGUGCUUAGGGGAGUGCCUGGCACACAGC